UCGUGCAUCCCUAGCCAUGUUCUCGCGCGUCGUCGCACGUGUAAGUGUUCGCCGUUGCCUUGUGAGUCAGCAAAAAGAUAAGGGUGUCGAUCCGUUGCAGCGGCUGUUGCGAGCGAGUAUCAUCGUCGAAAAGUGCGAGGCGCGUUACUAUAACACGAACGAAUCUAUCGAGUUGAGUGCAAGGAUGGGCGAUGAGAAGAAGCCGUUUCGCCGUCUGCCAUCGUUCGUGCGUCCCUAUCACUACGAUAUCUCGUUGACGCCGAACCUGACCACCUUCACUUUCGACGGCACCGAAAGCGUGCAUCUCAACGUGGAGUUUACAACUGAUACCAUUGUAUUGAAUUCCUUGGAAAUUGAUAUUAAAAGUGCAACUUUUAAUGGAAAUGAUGGAAAGACUAUUCCCGCCAAUAAAAUUGAACUUUCUGCAUCGGAAGAAACAGCCACGUUGAUGUUUCCUGAAACUUUGCCACUUGGUAAAAGUGGAUACUUGAAUAUAGAUUUCGUAGGCGAUAUCAAUGACAAAAUGAAGGGCUUUUAUAGGAGCAAAUAUACUAGAGAGGAUGGUACUAUUGAACAUGCAGCAGUUACCCAGUUUGAACCAACAGAUGCUAGACGUUGCUUUCCAUGUUGGGAUGAACCAGCGCUCAAAGCUACAUUUGACAUUACACUAAAAGUACCAACCGGUCUUACAGCACUUUCUAAUAUGCCUGUGAAAAGCAAAGUUACGAAUAGCGAGCACGAGAUAGUGGCUUUUGAAAGAACGCCUAUCAUGUCAACAUACUUGGUAGCUGUAGUGGUGGGUGAAUUUGAUUACAUAGAAGAUAAAUCUAGUGAUGGUGUGUUAGUUCGAGUUUACGUGCCCAAGUCCAAGAAGGAGCAAGGCCAGUUUGCAUUGGAAGUAGCCACUAAGGUAUUGCCCUAUUACAAGACUUAUUUUGGUAUCGCGUAUCCCCUGCCGAAAAUCGAUCUCAUAGCGAUCGCCGAUUUUUCGUCUGGUGCUAUGGAAAAUUGGGGUUUGGUUACAUAUCGCGAGACCUGUCUGCUUGUGGAUCCACAAAAUACAUCGGCGGUCCGCAAGCAAUGGAUCGCGUUAGUAGUAGCACACGAAUUGGCACAUCAGUGGUUCGGUAAUCUCGUGACGAUGGAAUGGUGGACGCAUUUGUGGUUGAAUGAAGGUUAUGCGUCGUUCGUGGAAUUUCUCUGUGUCGCGCAUCUAUUUCCAGAAUAUGACAUCUGGACACAAUUUGUGACAGAUACGCACAUUCGAGCGUUAGAACUGGACGCAUUAAAAAAUAGCCAUCCGAUCGAGGUACCGGUCGGUCAUCCGUCGGAGAUUGAUGAGAUCUUUGAUGACAUAUCGUAUCACAAAGGCGCGUCCGUGAUUCGUAUGCUGCACGCGUAUAUAGGCGACGCUGACUUCAGGAAGGGCAUGAAUUUGUAUCUGAAGAGACACAGUUACGCUAACGCGGAGACCGAAGAUCUUUGGGCCGCAUUGGAAGAAGCCAGUAAUAAAGCUGUGCGUAGAGUGAUGUCUUCAUGGACUAAAAGACAAGGUUUUCCCGUUGUCAAAGUCGAUCAUCAUCAAAGUAAUAGUAAAGUUAAGGUUCUGUCAUUAUCUCAGGAGAGAUUUCUGGCUGACGGAUCGGUGGACAAGGACGCGGAUAACACGUGGCUCAUACCGAUAAGCGUGACCUCGUCCAAAAAUCCAAGCAAAGCAGUAUUCGAAGGCAUACUGGACACAAAAACAAAAGAAUUAGUAAUCAAUGAUGUUUCCGAGGAUACGUGGUUGAAAAUCAAUCCCGGGACGAUUGGUUUCUACCGGACUCGUUAUAGUCAAUCUGCUCUGUCGCUUUUGUUACCGGCAAUCAAAGAUCACACAUUACCUCCUCUAGAUAGAUUAGGUUUAUUGGAUGAUCUCUUCGCAAUGGUACAAGCGGGUCACGCGUCUACCGUAGAAGUGCUCCAUCUCAUGCAAGCGUUUUUACACGAGGACAAUUAUACCGUGUGGUCUACAAUAGUAAACAUCUUGAGCAAAAUUAACAUUCUUAUCUCACAUUUAGAUUUUGAGGAUUCUUUCAAAGCAUUUGGACGUCAUCUAUUUCGCGACGUGAAUAAUAGGCUAGGCUGGGAUCUUAAACCGAACGAAAGUCAUUUAAACACUUUACUCAGAUCUCUCGUGUUAGGUCGCAUGGCGGCUUUAAAUGAUCCGGAUACUAUUGAAGAAGCGAAGAGAAGAUUCGAGCUUCACGUGAACGGCAACACGAUUCUUGCUGCUGAUUUGCGCAGUCCGGUUUAUCGAGCUGUGCUCUCCGUAGGCGAUGCUAAUACUUACGAAACUAUGAUAAAACUGUACAAAGACGCUGAUCUCCAAGAGGAGAAGGAGCGAAUUCUGCGAGCUCUCGGUGCGAUCAAAGAUCAGGCGCUGCUGAGGAAAGUCCUGGACUUUGCUAUGAGCGAGGACGUCCGUGCUCAAGAUACGGUAUUCGCCAUCAUGUCUGUGGGUCUAUCGUACAAGGGACGUCUUAUGGCGUGGAACUUUUUCAAGGAAAAGUGGAAGACCCUUCUAGAUCGUUACGAAGGUGGUUUUCUGUUGGCGCGAUUAGUAAAGUUUACCACAGAAAACUUCGUCACCGAAGAGCAAGCCAAAGAUGUAGAAAGCUUCUUCGAGAGUCACCCGACGCCGGGCACGGAAAGAACGGUGCAGCAGUGUGUGGAAUCCAUCAGACUGAACGCCGCGUGGCUCGCCCGAGACAAGGACUCGAUCAAAGAAUACCUUACCACUCAAGUCUAAUAUAUAAAAAUAAUUUUUAUUUUUUCCCUGUUACCUUAAUUGAAAAUCGGUAUAAUUUGAAAUCGCGUAUGUGAAUCGAAUUGUAUUAUCGCUCUAGAGCAUCUUAUCGAUUGAUACUGCCAUAUCAAUUAGGCAUAGACUGUCUCUUGUGUAUGAAUAAUACAUAAAUAAUCCAAUGCAAAUUAUGUGUGCACGCUCAAUGAAAAACGCAGAUUUAUUUAAUAACGCUUAAAAUUAAAUAUUUUGCUGAGUGAACAUAAAAGAAUGGAUGAGUAUAUCGUUUUGUACACAUCUAUUAUAUUUUACUGCGUUAUCUUAACAUGAUUCAAUAUUUAACAUCGUUCUUAUAGUAUUUAUUUUCCUAAUUAUUAUAUAGUACCCCUGAUAUCAUACAUUUUGUCAUUUCGAGUUUACCAUUGAGAAGGAGAAAUAUAAAUAUUUAGAAAUCUCAUUUUGAUCACACUACAUCAUCACUAUGACAGAUAAAUUGAAAAACUGAAUGUAUGUCAAAAGUUUUAAUUCUCAGUGACAUACUCUGUAGUAAUAUUUUAAGUUUUGAUGCGAUAGCAGUUAAAAGUUGAUAUUUUAUUUGUUGUUCAUUGAUAUAAUAUUAUCCAUUUGCGCGAAAAUAUGUGUGCUUUUAUAGAGAUAAAUUCUGCUAACGAUAUUCAUCUUUAAAUGACGUAAAUGAGAACUUGCAAAUAUUUUGUUUUUUUAUGAAAGAGGACUAUUGUUGAAUCAAUUAAUAAUUUAAUAUGAGAAAUAUACAUUUUUAUCAUUUAUCGGAUGUGAUUUAUAUUGUUUAUAAUUAUACAUAAGUAUAAUUCAAUUUUUAUAAAGAAUAGCUAUUUUGAAUUAGCUAAUUUAAAAAUAAGAUUCACAAAUUAAUGUCUGUCACUGAUUAUAAAACAUCAUGGGAAAGAUAUGUAUUGAAAGUUCUUAAACAAUAGAUAUCUAAAAGGAAUAUAAAGAAAUGUAACAUUUCUUUAUAAAGUAUGACAGAUCUAAAAAUUUUUUUGUAAUGUUGCAAAUAUAUACGUGAAAGAUCUGAAAGAUUUUCAGAAUUGUAGAAACAUUACAAAAAAGUUUUAAUUUUUUUUAGAUAUUCGUUAGAUAUCUCUCGUUUUUUUUUUUUUUUAUACAGGUGUUUUUCUUAAAUUUUCAUAUUUAACAGAUGCUUUAACAGAACGAUGCUUCAACGCACCAGCUUUAAAAUCUUUAUAAUAUAAAAUGUAUUGUAGUAUGUAAUUUCCAAUAAUAUGUACAAAUUACAGUCUAUAAUAUAGAUUGUUUAUUUGAA